AUGGAGAUGGAUUUCAGCGACAUGAACUGUUUGACUUUGAUUCUUGCUAAAUGGAAAAUAAUAAUAGAUGAACAGGGGAAGUGGCGACCUAAAUACCAAGUGUCAUUAGAGAAUUGCUAUUACGUAGGGGCAGAUUUUAGUUUGCAUCUUGUUAUCCAACAGGUAUUGCAGAAAAGUGGGGUUAUUCUUGAUUCACCAGAGGAGCAAAAGAAGAAGGUUGUUGUGGAAAGAAUUAAAAACAAUGUCAUAGGUGACAAGAUUGAUCCAAAAGCUGUACUAAAUUUGGAUCCUGGUCUUGGUGUUUUGGAUGCAUUUUUUGCCAGUUUGUCAAUGAUUCUUGUCAGUGAGAUUGGAGAUGAAACUUUUAUUAUAGCAGCUCUUAUGGCAAUGCAUCAUCCAAAGUCAAUUGUUCUAUCAGGUGCACUCAGUGCUCUGUUUGUAAUGACUAUACUUUCUAUAGGGCUUGGUAGGAUUGUUCCAAAUCUAAUAUCAAGGAAACACACAAACAGUGUUGCUACAGUUCUUUAUGCCUUCUUUGGGCUGUGUUUGCUCUAUAUUGCUUGGAGAUCAGAUUCAAAAGCAUCUCAAAAAAAGGAGAUAGAGCAAGUAGAAGAGAAAUUAGAGUCUGGACAAGUCAAAACAGCUGCACGCAGAAAUUAG